AUGAAGCGCGUACGCACGGCGGUACGCACGGAGCCGCUGCCCGCGCACCUUGGCACGCCCAAACGGCCUAUUCCUCGGCGCCGCGACAUGGAUCGCAGAGCACCGCGCAGUCCGUCGUCCAUGUCCCCAUUCACAAACCCCAGCCGCACACAGCGCACGCCGGGCGGGAUGUUUGCAAGGAGCAGCGAUCCAGCGUCGCCAACCCUGCACAUUGCGUCAUCUUCGCCCGCGCCGCCUUGCAUUCUUGUCUCGCCUCCAGCUGGCGACGUCGAGUCACUCAUUGCGCGCAGCGAGCUGUGCAUGGGCAGUGUACGCCGCGAGGUGCGCCAUGAAUGGCAGUUUGCGUACAUUAGCACUCUGCUCGCGCGCGACCAACUCGCGCUCGAGAAGCUGUGCUGGAAACUAGACCUGACCUUUGCGGCACUCGCAUGCGCCAAGGACCACGACCAGGCGCUCGCCAAGAAUCCGGCACUCGCGUCGUCCAUCGCCAAAAAGGCUGCACAGCACACAUUGAUGCUGCUCAUGAAUGCAUGGCGACCGCAAACCACACAAGACUUUACUUAUUCUCCGCCGAGUUUCCGUCUCUCGAGCGUAUCGCGCGAGACGAUGGAGAUGCCGCAGAAUGCGGCGCACAUAGCUUGGGCACAGCGCGUAUCGGGGAUGCUCGGCGUACAGGCCGCAGAGAAAAUUGUUUUGCACAUUGUACACACCGUUUGGUACAUGGUGGUGCACGACGCUAAUAGAGCAUUUGCGCGGCCGUACCUCGCCGCCCAGUUUUGCAAACAUUUCCUCGCUUGCACGGAUCGCUGGGUGGCACAGGAAUCGUGUGCAGACACGCGCAAGCUGCCAUUUUUACACCUGGAGAUAGGACAGCCGGGGAACGUGGACAUGGCGCCGACGUCGACCGUAUUGCGAUGGACAUUUGUGCACGCAUUGCAUCAGAAAUUAGAAACAGCACUUGCAGGAAUGCAGCGCCGGACCAUACAUUCGCUCCAAAUUCCCUCGCCGCAUACGAAAAGGGCUGCAUACCGCGGCGAACUCGCAGCACAAGCGCUCGACAGCAAGGCUGUGGUCGACGCCGCACGGUUUUUGGGCGAACUGUUCUGUGCAGACGCAGUGGUGGGGCAAAAAUGCGUCGCUCAGUGGUUGCGUCUGCUCCUGCUUUCUGAACGGCCUUGGAUUGCGAUUGUGCCGCAGGAACUGGAGGCGGCUUGUGCGCUGCUCUUGCUCGCAGGCACCGACAAGACCCGGGUUCGACUCCCGGAUUGGGAACAUUUUUUGUCGUGGCCCGAGCGCCUUUUUUUUCCCUUACUUGCAUCCAUGCAGCGCUGGAUGGAUCGCAUCCUUGCCGCAUUUCAACGCCACGGGGUCGGCCGUUUCGGCGCUGGAUUGGUCGUGGGCCUGGUUGUGGGUCUUGGAUCCAUGGCUUUCGCACGCUUCCACCAAUCUAUUUUGCGCAAACGCUAUUCGUACCGGCUCCGACGAUGGACACGGCGCGACACACGCCAAAACAAAGUAGAAGAUGCAUUUGUUCCUAUUGAGCUGCGUCGCAGUGGAAAGACGGUGAAUGGAGUCGCCGGUAUGAUUGGCAAUACGCCCCUAAUGCGCAUCAAUAGUCUCUCUGACAUGACUGGCUGCGAAAUUCUCGGCAAGGCAGAGUACCUUAAUCCGGGCGGUAGCCCAAAGGACCGUGUCGCGCUCCAGAUUUUGAACGAGGCCGAGGAAGACAACACGCUCGUCCCUUUUGUCGGCUCGUGGAUCUUCGAAGGAACUGUCGGAUCUACAGGUAUUUCCAUCGCGACACUGGCGCGUGCAAAAGGCUACAACUGCUGCAUCAUUGUCCCCGACGAUGUCGCGGAAGAAAAGGUCACGCUUUUGCGUCGACUAGGUGCCAAGAUCGAGACCGUUCGCCCACGCGGAAUUGUCGAUCCGCGCCACUAUGUAAAGGAAGCAAAAGCGCGCGCCCAAGCUUGGAAACCCAAUCCCAGCCAGCCAUAUGCACGCGCGUUUUUUGCCGAUCAAUUCGAAAACGAAGCGAAUUUUUGGGCGCACUACCAUCACACGGGUCCUGAAAUAUGGGAGCAAACGGGUGGCAGAAUCGAUGCGUUUGUCGCAGGUGCAGGGACAGGCGGCACGCUGGCGGGUGUCGCCGCCUUCUUUAAAACAUCUCUAGGCCAUGCCGACAAAAACGACGCGCCACUCAUUGUCGCGGCGGAUCCGCAGGGAUCUGGUCUCUAUAACCGCGUAUGCCAUGGCGUCAUGUACAGCCCGACCGAGUCAGAAGGCACCCGCAGACGACACCAGGUUGAUUCUGUCGUGGAAGGUAUCGGGAUCAACCGCUUGACGCGCAACUUGGAAAAGGGGCUUCCCUAUAUUGACACUGCUGAGCGUGUCACGGACGACGAAGCAGUGCGCAUGUCGCGUUGGCUCGCAGCGCACGACGGCCUCUUUCUCGGCUCUUCUUCUGCCGUGCAAUGCGUUGCUGCAGUGCGCACCGCACUUCGCCUCAAGGCGGCGCAGCCGAAGCCAACCCUGUCGUCGCUCGAGGACACUGCGCUAAAUUUGCCGCGUUCUGUCGUGGUGACCAUCCUCGCUGACUCUGGCGUGCGCCACUUGUCCAAGUUCCAAAACGACGAAGCGAUGCAGGCGCUUGGCCUGCACGUCGACGUCGAUAUUUCUGAUAUCCUAUUCGUGCCAUAG